AUGUCGAGCCCCUUCCAAUACCGGAAUCAGCUUGGCUUGUUGACGGAGCGAUAUGAGCAACCGAGAGACGAUAGGAUGUCGUGCGGAGCUGGUCCGAGUCAGUCAGUCGCACGGUCUUUCCUCGGGGCUGGAUGGCCCACAGGAAGUCGCAACGAGGACUCGCUCGCAGGCACCGCAGAGUCCACCAGUACCGUUGAUCUGCUUGGAAACUUGUUCUCGGACAUUCCUAUUGCUAAUUACGAAUCAUCCCGUUCGUUCCCCUCAUCGUCCUUCUAUCCCGACCGACAUCGCACAGAUCUGGCAUCUCAUAUUCCUGUCGGGCAGCAGCGUGUGGGACAGUGUGCUCCCUUCACGCCUUCCAACGAUAUAUUUAAUGCAUAUUCCGGCCCUAAUGAUACAGGCGUUCCUGGUGUCGAGUACGACAUUUUUCACCAGGGAGAAAACUAUGUCUGUCCACCGGACUACCCCUGUCGUUCACCUGCCCUUGGCAUUUACCAGGAUCCUGGCAUCGACGUAGCCACCGUUCCGGCUGCUACACUUCCACCACAGAUGACGAUAGCCCAUGCUCAAGCUCAACGCGUUCUAUCGCCGGUCGUCUCCUCAGCCGCAUCCAUGACUAGUCGCGGGCGCCCACCCUUUGGUCGGCAGUUCAGGCCGGUUCAUUCACGACUUCAUGAUCACCGCCUCACGGGGCCCUAUCCAGUCCCUUCUACUUCUCGCACUCUAAUCGAGCAACCUGAGCUGGCGGUGCCAGCCUCGGAUCCUGCCGCUCUUUCGCCAUUCCGCACGCGCUGCUUCUGGGAAGGACAGUGCAAUGUCUUGCUGGAUGACAUGACGCCAGGCGGCGUUGAGCGUCAUCUUAGGGCCGUACACAUACAUGAACAAUGGAAUCGCAUCGUCCGGGGAGAAUGUAGAUGGCACACUGGGGAUGAGAGAUGCGGACGCAUGAUGGCUCAGGGCGGCUUCGACAAGCACGUAGCGUCGAAGCAUCUGCGGUCGACCUCUGUCAUGUGCAAUGUAUGCCGAAAGAUGUUCUGUAGGAAGGAUGUGCUCUGGAAGCACAGGAAGGCUCACUGCAGGGGUGUGCCAGGUCCUCUAUGA